UAGUAAGUAUAAAUUACUUAUAAUUUGUUAUUUCCACUUGUGUCCCCGGCCGAGGUAUUCCAUUUUCUUUUUCUUCCCUGAGACGGAGUCAUUGGGUGAGUCACCCGCUGCAACCCAACUCGUGCAUUUGAAGAAAGACAAAAAGGGGUUGGUUUUUGGUUUUGGUUUUGGUUUGGUUAACUCCCUCUUCCUCUUCUACUCUCACCCAUGGUCUCCGAAUCCGAACUCAUCGGCCGCCUCCGCGAGUUUCUCCGGAGCUCCGACCUCAACACCACCACAACCGCCACCGUCCGCCGCCAGUUGGAGGCCGAUUUCGGAAUCGAUUUAUCCGACCGAAAGGCAUUCAUUAGGGAACAGGUCGACUUGUUCCUCCAGACCGAACACAACCAACCACAACAAGAGGAACGCCAAAACGACGACGUCGAGGAACAAGAAGAGGAUGCGCCUAAUAAUCCCGAACAAAGCCAACCCUCCGAUUCCAAAGAAGAAACCGAUGAAGAAGAAGAAGGCGAAGAGGAAGAAGAUAAACCUGAACAGGCCAAAAAUGCCAAGAAGAAUAAAGGACGAUCUAACAAGUUAGGUGAUGAGGUAGUAAAGAAAAGAGGUGGUGGUUUUUGCAAAUUAUGUAGCCUGUCUCCGCAACUUCAGGAAUUCAUGGAAGCUCCAGAAAUGGCCAGAACUGAGGUUGUUAAGCAAUUAUGGGUCUAUAUUAGGGAGAAAAAUUUGCAAGACCCGAACAACAGACGGAAUAUAAUUUGCGAUGAGCGAUUGCGUUCCCUUUUUAAUGUCAAUUCCAUCAACAUGUUCCAAAUGAAUAAAGCAUUGUCAAAGCAUAUCUGGCCAUUGGAAUCAGAUGAUGUUGUCCAGGUGAAGUCCACACCAAAGGAAAAGCAGAAGAAGCAAGAGAGAGAUGAUGCAUACUGCAUCAUAACCUCUAUGACAGAUUCAGAUGAAGCAAAAAAAAAGGAAAAACGGCAGAAGGGAGGAGGGAAAUCAGGUUUUCUUGCUCCUCUUCAGCUAUCUGAUGCCCUUGUAAACUUCCUUGGUACUGGAGAAAGCGAGUUAGCGAGAACUGAUGUCAUAAAAAGAAUGUGGGAUUACAUUAAAGGAAACAACCUUCAGGAUCCUUCUGACAAGAGGAAAAUAAUAUGUGACGAGAAGCUGAAAGAACUCUUUGAUGUCGACUCCUUCACUGGCUUCACCGUUACAAAACUGCUGGCUCCUCAUUUUAUAAAGACAGAGCAGUGAGUUGCUUGUACAUUUUAUUAAGGUUUUCUUUUUGUGUCCUGUUGGCAAGGUCUGGCAACAGGAGGAAUAGAAAUUAGUAAAAUGACAGAUUUUCUGUAAUUUUUUCUUGAAGAUUUUAAUGUUAUGUGACCGUUUAUUUUGUUUUAAAUUAUCCUGUUUUGCCACUUGGCAGUUGAAAAUUUUGUAUAUUUGAUUCCUGAAGUUGCAAGGACAAUGUUGACUUUAUAUUCUCCUGCGCCAGUUGGCAGAAUAGGAGAAUACUGAUAUUGUAUGAAGAAAGCAAAAGUAAUUGUAA